AUGCAUUCUUGGAAGAAAUUUGUACUCACUGUGCUACCAUCGACUGCUCAAUCUGUGCUUGGCCAGCAUGUAGUCGAUCUCAGCGGUGAUGGCUGGACUGUUAGUAGUGAGGCCUUGAAUAUUUCAGUUCCAGGCCGUCUACCUUCUCAGGUCCACCUUGACCUAUACGCAGCAAAAGUGAUUGAUGAUCCAUACUUUGGUCUUAAUGAAUUCGAUUUGCGCUGGAUCCCUUAUAAUAACUGGACCUACACAAGCAGACCUCUAGACAAGCUGUCCCCUAAUCCACAAUCAUCUUGGCUCGUCUUCAAUGGACUUGAUACUUUCACCACCAUUGAGCUUUGUGGUCAAUUCAUCGGCACAACUGACAAUCAGUUUCGUCAGUACACAUUUGAUGUAACCGAUGCUCUAAGCAGCUGCAAGGUCGCCCCUACUCUAGAUCUCAACUUUGGCAGUGCUCCUAAUAUUGUCAACCAAAUUGCACAAGAUCCAAACUCACAAACCUGGCCUUCUAGACCACAACAAGUGUAUGAGUUCCCCAAUCGCUGGUUUAUGCGCAAAGAACAGUCUGAUUUUGGAUGGGACUGGGGUCCGGCCUUUUCUCCAGCUGGUCCAUGGAAGGACGCAUUCCUCGUGCAGUUCGAUCAAGAUGAAAGUGUUUACGUCACAAACACCGAUCUCGACAUCUUUCGCAAGGGCCAGAUAAAUCACAUCGCCCCGGAUCUAAGUCAGCCCUGGGUUGUGAAUGCAAGCAUUGACUUUAUUGGGCUCCCACCAACCAAUCCUUCCAUGACUAUUGAGAUCAAGGAUGCUUCAUCGGGAAGUAUACUCAAAUCAGCCACAAUUCACAAUGUUUCUACGGCAGGACAAAGCAUAACUGGGAGUACCUUAGUCGAUGCUGAUGCCGCAAAUCUGUGGUGGCCAACUGGUCUGGGCAAACAAAAUUUAUAUGAAGUGACUAUCACUGUCUACAAUGGCCAGAAGCAGAUACUAGCCAGCGUAAAAAAGCGCACUGGGUUCCGCACAAUAUUCCUGAAUAGGUCCAAUAUCACGGAGGAGCAAAUUGCCCAGGGCAUUGCACCUGGAGCGAACUGGCACUUCGAGGUGAAUGGUCAGGAGUUCUAUGCGAAGGGUUCAAACUUCAUACCACCGGAUACUUUCUGGCCCCGAGUUACCGAAGCGAAAAUGAAACGGCUCUUUGACGCUGUUGUGGCUGGUAAUCAGAAUAUGCUUCGGGUCUGGGCAUCUGGCGCGUACCUCCCAGACUUCAUUUACGAUAUUGCAGAUGAGCAGGGCAUCCUUUUAUGGAGCGAGUUCCAGUUCAGUGACGCGCUCUACCCAGUCGACCAGGAAUUUCUAGACAACGUUGCAGCAGAGGUUAUCUACAACGUGAGAAGACUCAACCAUCACCCAUCGUUAGCCCUGUGGGCGGGUGGAAACGAGAUCGAAAGCUUGGAACUUCCUCUCGUGCAAUCAGCGGACCCUGAAAACUAUUCUUUCUAUGUAGGGCAAUAUGAAGAGCUGUUCAUCAGCCUGAUUCUGCCACUCGUUUACGAGAAUUCGCACUCCAUUUCGUACAUGCCAAGCAGUACAAACAACGGCUAUCUCUGGGUUGACCUUUCUGCACCAGUCCCGAUGGCAGAGCGUUAUGAUAAUACAACCAGCGGCUCUUACUAUUCAGAUACCGACCACUACAACUACGCCAGCGAUGUUGCCUUCGAUAUCUCAAGCUACCCUGUCGGUCGCUUUGCAAAUGAGUUUGGCUUCCACAGCAUGCCGAGCCUGCAGAGCUGGAAACAGGCAGUAGCCCCCCAAGAUCUCCAUUUCAACAGCAGUACAGUCCAGCUUCGAAACCACCACUACCCACCUGGUGGCACGAGUACUCGAAACUACAGCAACUCAUCAAAGGGAAUGGCUGAGAUGACAGAAGCAGUGGAGCGUUACUAUCCCGUUCCGCAUAAGGAAGAUUCUGUCGAAGAAUUCAGUGCGUGGUGUCAUGCGACACAAAUAUUCCAGGCUGAUAUGUACAAAUCUGAGAUCCAGUUCUAUCGAAGAGGAAGUGGAUUGCCAGAGCGUCAGCUCGGUUCCUUGUAUUGGCAGCUCGAGGAUAUCUGGCAAGCCCCCACCUGGGCCGGUAUCGAGUAUGAUGGUCGCUGGAAAGUUUUACACUACGUCGCCCGUGACAUCUACAAACCCGUCAUAAUCGCUCCAUACUGGAACUACUCGACAGGUGACCUCUCAAUCUACGUCACAUCUGAUCUCUGGGAGAGUGUCCAUGGUUCUGUGCACCUCAAAUGGGUUGAUCUUUCUGGAACGCCUAUUUCAGGGAAUGCGGUCGUGGUCACUCCAGAGACCAUCGAAUUCACUGUGGGUGCUCUCAACACAACCAAGAUACUCGACACGAACAUAUCCAAGCUCUCUCUUUCGAACCAGACGAAUGCUAUUCUCCUCAUGUCUGUCGAUGCACAGGGCCACCUCCCGAACAACGUCGAUAGGGCUGUGUCAAAGUUCACUCACGAAAACAAAUUCACUCCCGUAUUUCCGAAAAACCUGUCCUUGGUCGAUCCAAAGCUUGAGCUUUCAUAUGAUGAAUCAUCCAAGACUUUCAUCGUCGAAGCCAAGAGUGGGGUCUCGCUUUACACCUGGUUGGAUUAUCCUGCUGGUGUUGUGGGCUACUUUGAAGAGAACGCGUUCACUCUUCUUCCGGGAGAUAAACGCAUAGUGGGCUUCGUGUUGCAGUUGGAUGAGACAAAUGGACAGUGGGUGCAUAAUGUAACAGUUAAGAGCUUGUGGGAUCAGACUACUAAUGUGUGA